CUCUCGCGCCGGUUAGGUCAGAUUGAUCUACUUUUCAUGCGCAACGGUGUCACUCCGGGGUCAUAAAAUGUGCCGGAAAUAUAGAAGUUUUCCGAGGUGAAAUUAUCCAACCUUUUUUUCUUUAAUUAUGGCGGCACUAGUGCGUCUUAAGCGUGGCAGCGUACAGUUAAGACUUGCAGCACUUGAAGUCAGGGCGGCAGUACGUGCUCGGCACAUAGUCGCCGCCCUUGUGGCUAUUGGAUUUGCUCUCUGCGGAUCAGUGGAAGUUAGUUCCUCAGUUGCUCUGCUAGCUAAUCAAAAAGAUAAUCAUGCCAUUAUCGACACAUCUUGGCAUUGUGAUAUGCUGGUCAACAUCAGUAGCAGAAAUCGAACCGAGGAUGUUGGGCUCAUCCAAAUGGAAAUGCCUGCAGAAGAGCGAGCAGAGUCCAACAUGCGAGAGGCAUUUUUAUGGGGCCAAGUUGCGGGGCCCAUCCUAGGAGGUUGCUUAGUUUGGGGCCGUUCAGGUCCAUCUAUGGUUUUUUCUCGAGCCGUUCUCAGCGCCUGUCUUGCUUCCCUUUUGGUUCCAGCUGCCUGGAGAGGACCCUCUCAUGUUGCCCUUAGACUUCUACAAGGACUUUGUACCGGGGCAACAAUGCCUGCAGCACACAUGCUUGCCAUGACUUGGUUCAAAAGCACACAUAGAAGUUGGUACUUCAGUUGUUAUGCUGCUGUCAGUGUGGGAUACUGCUUGACUGGCUGGAUCGGGACAGCAGUUGUUCGAGCAUUUGGGCGGGAUUCCCUUUGCUAUUGUCUUGCCAUAUUGGCUGUAUGCUGGUACUUCACGUUCGGCCGUUUCGUCAAAGACUUUCCCAGAUCAUAUCAGCAUGAUACAAAUGCAGCUGUCAUACCCUGGGGAAAACUCUUGAGGUCCGUUCCAGUUUGGGCUUCAGCUGUUGCAACCAUGGGCAAUCAAUGGGGUGAUGCUACGCUUGCCCUAGGGAUGACAAAAUACCUCAAACUCAUUUAUGGUUUUUCGACAGCAAACGACUCUGUACUGACGACUUUGCCGCACAUUGGACACUUUAUGGCCGCUUUGACCUGUGGCCUCUUGGUAGACCACGUCAGGGAAUCAAAGAUUGUAUCUACCACCACUGCAAGGAAACUUGUUGUUUAUACCGCUCAUUUUAUUCCAGCUGCAUUGCUCUUUGUGGCCGGAUACGCAGGUUGCCAAGCCUUGGGGGCAGCUUGGUUGGGAAUUGCUGCUCUUUUGGUUUCUGGAACAGCUCCAGCAGGCGCAUUAGCAGCAAUUGCUGAUCUCGCGCCUGCGGAAUCGCCAGCGUGUGCGGCUGCAGCUUGUGCGCUUUGCUCCACAUUGGGUGCGGCUGGAUUGCUAGCUGCCAAUUAUUUUGUCACUCAAGCUCUUCACGGAUCUAUUGCAGGAUCUUGGCGAUUGGUAUUUGGAGUAGCGUCCGUUGUUUUAUUAACCACAGCAGCUGUGUUCUUGGCCCUUGGAAAAGGAGUGCCUCAACCCUGGAUACCCUCAGUCGCUCGACCGCGAAGUCACGACGUUAUUUAUGAACAAGAUACUCUAGAACUGGACUACGAGGACGUUGCAGUUCAAACUGAACCGUUUGAUCCUUACGGUCUUGAAGAGGAGGUUGAAAGUACCAGAGAGGACCUAGGAUCAGUCUCCGUUCACUCCUCGAUCUCAAUCGCUACUAGUAAUUGAAAUCCAAGGUAAUAAUUAAUUCAUCAAUGUAAAUCUAGGCGCUAAAUAUGUAAAUACGAUGAGAUUUUAGUUUAAAAUAAGUUUAUUUAUAGCACUGUGACUACUACUCUUAUAAAUUCCAAUAUGAUAUGAUUAUUAUUGAAAAUUGACUAUCUAAUAGAGCAAAGAAUAAGUUUAGAAAGAAUAAUAUUACCAGAGAGCGGAUGAGCGUAACUGUAAAGUUUAGGGUGACCAACCGUCCGGAUUUCUCCGGAUAUGUCCUCACUUUAGGGCUUGUGUUAGUCGCCAUACAGGAUUUUUUACUUUGCCCGGGUUUUUAUCCGAUUUUUUCAAGCAAAUUAAAUUUUAUAUUAAUUAUUUUAUUUUUCAAGCAAAUUUUAAACCUUUUUUUGUACAAAUUAUUAUUAUUCAAUAUUUAAAGAUUUCUUCGUCAAUUCAUAAGGUAAAGUACUAUUAAAAAUUCCUACCAUACAAAAAAUAUAUAUGUGUGCAUUUGUGAUACUGAAUAGAAUGCAUUAGGGUUAAAAAAUAAAAAUAUAAGAUAUUAAGC